UUUCAGAUGUUGAACCACCCUUGCAUCCCUGGAAUAAAUCCCACUUGAUAAUGGCAGUCGCCAGAGCUGUUCUGGAGGAGGGUGCUAGGCAGCAGGCCACUCAGCCCACAAUCCAGGAGAACAGGCACAUCCCCUCAGCAGAGCAAGAGGAGGACCUGGAGGAGGGUGAAGAGGAGGAGGAGGAAGAGGAAGAGGAGCUGGACUAUGACGGCAUGGAGAAAGAUGAAUACGAGGAGAAAGACCAUGAUGAUGAGUUUGAAGGCAUAGAAAGACUUGGAUGAAAGAGAAACAGUGGAUUUAUUCAUCACAGAUUUGAGAUUUUCUGAUUUUUAGUAGUCCAUGGGAAAUUUAUCAAGGCUGAUUGGUUCCAAAAUUCUUCACCCAAAGAGUAACAUCGCUGAUAUCUAAUUUUUCUGUUUUCUCUGAUAUGUCUGACAGAAUUUGUUCAAGUUGAAAG